AUGGCGGCGGCCGCCGCGGGCGGCGCCGCUGGCGGCUUCGCCGCGCUGCCCGCGGGCGCAGCUGAGGCCGCGGAGGCAACCGCGGUCGCGGCGGUCGCGGAGACGGGCGAGGCGUCGGUGGAGCCCGCGGAGGACGCGCGGCCGCUGCACGCGGGGCUGCGGGCGGCAGGCGAGCGCGUGCGGCCGCGGCUGCGACGGGCGCUCGAGGCCGCGGAGGUGUGGCGGCUCGGCCCCGUGGAGGUGGUCGUGGUGCAGCCGCCGCAGCCGCAGCGAACGGUGCCGUCGGAGGAGCCGCAGCAGCUCCUGUCGCAGAUGCCCCGCCAGGAGGAGGAGCCGCUGGCGCGGAUGUGCAGGCUGGAGGUGUUCCUGGAGUACUGGCGGGUGGCUGCGGUGGACUACCCGCGGGAGUCGGAGCGGCUGCAGGCAUGGUGGCAGCUGGAGGCGGAGGUCCGCCUGGGAUGGCUGGCGCUGCUGGUGGACCUCCCGUUGGAGCUGUUCCUGGACUGGGAGGAGGUGCUCUCGGCGUCGGAGGUCACGGCGGCGCUGGUGCUUGGGCCCCGGCUGCUGGUGGCGUUCUCGGCGGUGGAGCUGGAGGCGUGCCCGCAGGUGCCCCAGGGGCUGGUGGCCUGCUGGGCUGGGUGCCUGCAGCUGGUGGUGGAGUCGGGAGGGUUGCUAGAGUGCGUGACCCUGGACAGCUUCGGGAGCGCUGUCGGCACGGCGCUGUUCAGCAUCCAGAGCGUGUGGCCUGGCGACGGCAUGGGUGUCUUCGUGGAGGCGUCCUUCCUGGGCUGCAGCAAUGCCGCCUUGUGGCCGAUGCUGUCGGGGAGCUUCAAUCACCGUGGUGGCGCGGUGCUGCACCUGUGCACCCAGCAGGCCAACGUGUGCUCAGUGCUGGUGCAGUGGCCUCAGCGCUCCGUGUUGCACGUGGAGACCUACCGCAUGCGGAGCUCCGCGGGGGUGGCUGAGCCGUGGGCUCAGGCGCUGCUGGCCAGUCGUGGAGCCGCUGGGGGGCAGACAGCCGCUGGCCUCCCUGGCGGAUCCGUCGGAGGUGCUGGCCCGCCUGGAGCUGCCGCUGGAGGUGCCGUGGCUGGCUCGGAGCCUACCCCCGAGGAGCUGAAGAAGAAGGAAGCUGAAUUGCGCCUACGCUUGCAUCGCAAGCGUGGGAUAGCUCUCCUGUCGAGCGGAAUGGAUCAGAUCAAGCGCUAUCUUGCACGGCGUGGUGGGGCGGACGCCGACAAGGACCUGGACGAGCUGGCGGCGACGGUGGUGCAGUACAUCACGAGCGUCCGGCACGGUCACCACCCGCAGAGCGAGAUGGGGGUGAGAAAUGUUCGCGAGAUGCGAACUGUCGGCGAGUGUCUCGACGCGCUGCUCAGAGGAGAGUUGGAUCACCUGGGCGAUCUCUUGAUGCAGAGGCUGAAGGCGAUCGAACAGGCUACCAAGGAGGAGGUGCACGACGCCGUGAGCAAGCACAAGAGGAUGUUUGGCCUGGCCGAGAGCGCGGCGAAGGCCAAGAAGGGAGGCUCACCUUCACCGCAGCGCAAGGGCGAGAAGGCGAAGACCACGAGCUCGGGCAAGCCGAAGUUCAAGAAAGGCAAGGGCGGCGGCAAGUCGGACAGGUGGCAGGGCCCCGGCUCCAAGGGCAAGUCGAAGGGCAAGAGCAAAGGCAAGCGGCGCCGUCGCGGAGACAUUCGCGAGGACGGCCAGGAGCUGGCAGCUGCGAAGCCUGAGGAGUUAGAUUGGCUACAUUGUAUCGUGUCAGGUCUCAACUUUCACUACACUCGCAGUUGGGUCCAUGCGCCUCACGGCCCUCCAAGCGCCACUCAGCGCAAGGCCCUAAAUAAUCUUCUCUAUGAGGUCAGAGUCUUUCGUGAGCAGUGCGCUGGCCUGAUCCCUGACAUCGACUGGGACACCGACCUUUGCUCCGCCGCCACUUCCUACGACGGCGAGGAGGUGUUCCCUGCCGAGCCCCUUGACCGUGAUCGUUUGCUCGAAGCCCUGCCUCCUCGAGAGGCGCGCGCUGCCGUGAGGGCCGUUGAUGUGGCAGAGGGCUGGAUCAGAGCUGCCCUCUCCGAUCCAGGUCUGAUCCUGAAGGACGAGUCGGAGCUUGGCAGCUUGCCCCCCGCUCCAAAGGUCUGGGCCUCGAACGAGAAGGGAUCCCACUUGAAGGGCGAGGGGCCGCAGCGGCUGGUGAUGAACAUCAUCCCCUCUAACUUCAUCCAGAAUACUAUCGAGGGCGACAUGCCGAUGCUGCCCCACAGCGACAAGUGGAAGAGCGUGAUCCUCAGGUCUGGAGAGGUGAUGCUCUGGAGUGCGGAGGAUCUGAAGUGCUGCUUCUACGUGUACAGCCUCGGCGAUGUGUGGCUGAAAUACAUGGCCAUCUCAAAGCCCGUGGGGAGGUGCGUCGCUGGGCUUUCGGGCAAGGGCAUGAUAUACCAGGCCGCCGCCGUCGUGCCCAUGGGAUGGAUAUCGGCCACCGGGGUGAUUCAGCACAUCCAUCGUCGCCUUCUUCGAGCCCGACAUCCUGAGCUACGUCAACUCUCGGCGUCGGAGGAGCUGCGCAAGGGCGCUCCUAUUCCUCCUGCUCGCCGAGGUGGCUCUCACAUCUCAGGAGUGGCCCCCGUCCGCGGUGAGGUCGGCCGCACUUAUGAUGACGACAAGCGGACGAUCUACAUCGGGCGCGGCUCCAGCCCACUACAGCUUGCUCCAUCGAAGUGGGGCAACCCGUUCCGCAUUCGGGAUGGUCUGGACAGGAGGCGGGCCAUCGAGCUAUUCGCAGAGCACCUGGAGAAGUCGCCCGACCUUCUGGCCGACUUAUCUUCUCUGAGUGGUGCUCGGCUGCUUUGCCACUGCAAGGAGCACCAGGCCUGCCACGGCGAUGUUCUGAUCGCGAAGUGGUUGGAGCGCUUCAACACGCCAGCCCUCUGGAGAGCCUGGCAGGUGUACAUCGACAACUUGGAUGUGCUGGAGAUCACCGACUGGUGGCACGCCAAGUCCCUGCAGGAGGGGGGGGUCAGCGAGGCGGUCGACCUGGCCCGUCGGAGGCAUGAGCACUUCAACGUGCCAAGAAGCGAGAACAAGGCCGUCAUCCGCAAGACCACGACGCAGUCCCUCGGGGAGGCGAUCGAUGGGGAGCGCGGCACCAUCGGGCCGCCCGCAGAGUUCGCGCGACGGCUGAUCUCCCUCACCCUGGCGAUUCUGCAAAGGCCCACCGUGACUCAGAAGUGGAUGCAGAUCCUGGCGGGCCGAUGGGUUCGGUGCCUCCUGUUCAGGCGCGAGGCGAUGAUGUGCUUCACUCACUUGUGGCGAUUCUUGGUGAAGUUGCGUGGUGAUGCGAAGGUGCCGCGCAAGGUGCGCGAGGAGCUGGCGUCGGCCUUGACGUUGCCCCCUUUACUUCGCUGUGACCUGCGCGUGCCGAUCAGCGGGCUGGUGACGGUCUCGGAUGCCAGCAUGCAGCGUGGAGCCGUGUGUCGAGCUGUUCGCAUUCGGCCUGAUGGAGUGGCCGCUGCGAGAGCGGCCAGCCGAAGGCUGGUGACUGACUUCCGCGACGAGGUGGUGCUCCUGUCCUUGUUUGACGGCAUUGGUGGUGCUCGCCGCGCCCUGGACCUGUUGGGGCUCACUCCCGCGCUGUUCGUGUCCGCCGAGAUCAACGCUGAGGCGAAGCGAGUGACAAAGUAUGCAUGGCCGGACGUGCUGGAAGUCGGCGACGUCUGCUCCUUUGGGUUCGCCGAGGCGGUGGCCAUCCGUGAACGAGUUCCGCAUGUGAAAUGGAUAUUAGUGGUGGCCGGUAGCCCUUGCAGCGACCUGUCCCGCAUCAACGCUGAGCGUACUGGCCUUCAAGGGAGACGGUCACGUCUGUUCUACGAGAUAAACCGCAUUGUGUCUCUUCUGCGCGAGGCGCUGGGUGAUUUCUGCACGGUGCUGUCCCUGGUUGAGAACGCGGCCUCAAUGGAUUCGGAACCGCGACAGUUGAUGUCACAUUCCCUGGAGUGCGAACCUGUGUGCAUCUCAGCGGGUGAUGUCACGCACUGCCAGCGUGACCGCUUGUAUUGGAUCAAGGAGGAGCUGUUGACGCCGUGGCUUGAACGCUGGUUGGCCGCUGGGCUUCAGUGGCAGGGUGACGUUCAGAAGGACUUCCGCCUGCCCACCUUCCUGCGCUGUGUUCCUCGUCGUGCUCCAGGUCAAUUCCCGUCAGGUCUGGACAAGUGUGCAGGUCAUGAAGUCGAGCGUUGGCGCAGGUUCAACUACUGCUACGCGCCCUACCAGUUCCAGGACAUCAGCUGCAUCGAGGAGCCUGACGGCAGCCGAAGGCCCCCCUCGAGUGUCGAGAGAGAGCUGCUGCUCGACUUCCUCCCAGGGCACACGAUCACGGCACGAGUAACCAGAGCGCGCAAGCUUGAGAAAGCUGAUCUGGAGUGUUGCCGGUGCGCACUGCUUGGGGACAGCUUUCAGCGUGUGGUUGUCGCCUGGGUGCUGGCCCACUGGGCUCAGAGAGCAGGCUACCUGACCGAGAUCCCCUCCGUCAGGCAGAUGCGUGAGACUGGAGGUGGCGCCACCAUCGCCGAUGCCGCAGUCAGCAUGGACCAGAUGGAUUGCGACGACGGUGUCUUGGUGCGCCAGCACGAUCUCGAGGGUGAGGACGCCGCGCUGGACCCCAGCAUCAUCAUCGUGGAAGAGCUGGCCCGCCGUGCCGAGGCCAGAGGCAGCGACAUCAGGCUUGACACGUUCGAGGCGAUGCGGCCUGAUCUGUGGCCCAGGCGACCAGUCAGUGUGGCACGCUGGUCAUGUAAGGCCACCGCCAUCUGGGACUAG